AAAAGACAAAUGAAUCAAAAAAAUAAUGAAGAAUAUCAGAAAGAAAUUAUAAUUAGUCAACCUAUUAGAGUACCCCAAAUGUCAUUGAAAAGCUUUGAUAUAGGAUGUGGUAUUGGUAAAGGACAGUUUGGCCGUGUUUACAUUGCAAGGAAAAAAAUAAGUAGCUAUAUAGUAGCCUUGAAGUAUAUUGCACAAAUAGCUAGAGCAUUAAGUUAUAUUCACCAAAAACACGUUAUUCAUCGAGAUAUAAAACCAGAAAACUUGUUGCUUUUAUAUAUAAGGCAUAAAACAUUUUGUGGUACAUUGGAUUAUCUUCUACCUGAAAUGAUAGAAGGCAAAGAACAUGAUGAAAAGAUAGAUCUUUGGUCACUUGGUGUUUUGUGCUAUGAACUUUUGACAGGUACCGCACCAUUUGAAAAAACUGGUCAUACUGCAACAUAUAAACGAAUUGCAAAAGUUGAGUUCACACUUUCUAAUCAUUUGUCAUUUGAGGCUU